CCUCGGAGCAGGUCACUGUGGAUCGUACGGGAGGUCGCGGCUGGAGGGGAGCCCGCCUUCACCGCGCACCCUGCUCUGAGACCUUUCCUGAGGUCCUCCAGGAGAGAAGUCACUCAAAGGGAGUGAAUCAGCUGGGAGACGGUCUGACGAGAUGGCCCGUGGGUGCUACCUUUGGCUGCUACAGCUGCUGCUGAUGGCAGCUGUCCCUUGGGCCCAGCAGACACAAGAGGAGUCUGAAAGGAAAGGAGACAAGAUCAUUAAUGGAGAGGAGUGUAGCCGGGGCUCCCACCCCUGGCAGGUGGCCCUGUUCAAUGGAAAUCAGCUGCACUGUGGUGGAGUGCUUGUGGCUAGGAACUGGGUGCUCACAGCUGCCCACUGCAUGAUGAAUUCAUACAAUGUGCACCUGGGCAAACACAAUCUGAAGGACAGAGAGAGGGGGUCCCAAGUGAUCCAGGCUACCAGGUCAUACCGGCAUCCUCAGUACUCAACCGUCACCCAUGUCAAUGACCUCAUGCUGAUAAAGCUACAGAGGGCAGCCACGCUGGGGACCAACAUUAAGCCCGUCACGCUACCCUCCAAGUGUGCCUCACCUGGCACCUCCUGCACUGUCUCUGGCUGGGGUACCACCACCAGCCCAGACGCAACCUAUCCAGAAGAGCUCCAGUGUACAAACGUAAGCCUCAUUUCCACUUCGGACUGCAAGAAGGUUUACAAGGAUCUAUUGAAGGAAUCAAUGCUGUGCGCUGGUAUCCCAGACUCUAAAACCAAUGCAUGCAAUGGUGACUCUGGGGGUCCCUUGGUGUGUGAUGGAGUGUUGCAGGGCCUGGUGUCAUGGGGAACCUUCCCUUGUGGCCAGCCCAAUGACCCUGGAGUCUACACCGAAGUUUGCAAAUUUAUCCCCUGGAUCCGGAAAACUAUGAGGAGUUGAGUGUGUGUGUGUGUGUGUGUGUGUGUGUGUGUGUGUGUGUGUGUGUGUUUUGGUGGGGUACCUGGGGGCAGAACUCCCAAUAAAUGUGAUAUCCACAA